AUGCAGGGGAAGAUACAGGCAUUGCUGGAUAAGAUGAACACAAUUCUGCUUUUAGUGGAGGAUGCGGAGAGGGAAACAACUAAGAAAAAAUACACCAAGAGGGUUGGAUGUCAGGCUAGAGUUAAUGCCGUUAAGCAAACAUAUGGUUCAUGGAUGGUGACUAAGAUAAAGGAUAAUGAAUUUCUCUACUCUAUGGAAAUGGAUGGUAUUGGUAGGAUUAAGAGCGUCGUAUGGGUUCACUCCUAUUGUAAGGAUGCGUAUGAGGAGUUCAUGACCUUAUCUGCUUCGAGACAACCUACCUUUGAGGACGCAAAGAAUUACAAGUUAAUUUUCAAAACAUGGCUAAAAGCCAUGAAAAAAGUUGCACCAAAGGAUAUCUUGACUGAUCAACGUGGUCAAUAUAAAGCAACAAAGUAUGAAUUGAAGAGCAUUGUCCUUGAUAGCAUUACCAGUGAAGAGUUCGAGCAAAGAUGGGGUGAUUUUAUUGUGAAAUAUGAACUAGACGAAAGUGAGUGGUUCAGUAAGUUGUACUCAGAAAGGCAAAAAUGGGUGCCAGUAUACCUUAACGACCACUUUUGGGCUGGGAUGUUACCAACGCAGAGAAGUGAGGGAAUGCAUGCCUACUUUGAUGGAUUUAUCAGCCAUAGAAGCACGCUGAAACAGUUUGUUCAGCAGUAUGAGUUAGCAUUGAGAAAUAGGAACGAGAAAGAGUUGAAUUCUGAGCAUAAAUCUCGUUACACUAAAACAAGUUGCGAGUCUAUGUUCUCAUGGGAGGGUAAAACAUACUAUAUGGGGGAACAUUUUGACUGCAAUUGCAAAUCAUUUGAAUCGAGAGGGAUGGUUUACUGCAAUAUACUUAAGGUGAUUGCAGAUAAGAAGAUUGAAUACUUGCACGAGAGGUAUAUUUUGACAAGGUGGAGAAAAGAUGUUGUUCGACACCACCUGAAAAAUUUCUUUCUUGGAGGUUACCCUCAUAUGACAGAGGAUUCUUUGGAAGUAUAG